AUGGGCUGYUGGAAGAAAGAGAAAACCAACAACUGGGCUUUUCCCACCCUGAUCCUCUGCCUCUAYGGAUUCUUCUACAUGAUGAGGCCAUCAGAACCAUUCCUAACACCCUACCUAACAGGACCAGAUAAAAACCUGACUACAGAUGAGGUUACAAACCAGAUUCUCCCAGUUUGGACAUACUCCUACCUCGCUCUCCUUUUCCCAGUGUUCCUGUUCACAGACUACGUGCGCUACAAGCCCGUCCUCCUCCUGCAGGGCAUCAGCCUCAUCAUCACCUGGAUCCUGCUGCUCUUUGCACAAGGAGUGAUGGCCAUGCAGGUGGUGGAAUUCUUCUAUGGGAUGGUGACAGCCUCUGAGGUGGCCUAUUAUGCCUACAUCUACAGCGUGGUCMACRCCSAAYACUAYSAGAGGGYCACCARCUACUGCAGRARYGUCACCMUGGUGKCAGCCACUSUGGCYGCYSUGCUGGGACAGCUGCUGGUGUCYBUAGCASAMAUCUCCUACYWCUACCUCAAYGCCAUCASCUUGGUUUCYGYRUSCCUGGCRUUCCUGUGCUCACUGUUCCUGCCCAUGCCCCAGGAGAGCAUAUUCUUCCACAGGAAAGACGCUGCCAAGCCUCCUCCAGGGCCUGACAAAAGGGUGGUUCCGGACACUUCCCCCAGGCUCUCGAGCUCCUCACAGGGCAACAGCUUCGAUGCUGCUGCCAUGGGCGUGACCCCCUGGCACCAGGCUGCCGAUGCCAGGUCCCACAGUGCCAUGCUCAGCGUGCUGCUGCAGCUCAGCAAGGACCUGUGCCRUUGCUACAGCUCCCACAAACUCCUCUACUGGUCCCUGUGGUGGGCUCUGGCCACAGCCGGCUUCAACCAGGUCGUGAAUUACGUCCAGGUGCUGUGGGACUUCCGAGCACCCUCUCACAACUCCGCAGUGUACAACGGAGCUGUCGAAGCAAUAGCAACGUUUCUGAGUUCAGUAGCAUCUUUCCUAGUACAAUAUGUGAAGAUUAACUGGGACCAUUUUGGAGAACUGGCUUUAGGGAUCUUCUCUGCAAUAGAUGCCGGUUGUCUGUUUCUCAUGCACUUUUCUACCAACAUCUGGGCAUGUUAUGCUGGCUAUCUCAUCUUCAAGGCAUGCUAUAUGCUCCUCCUGACAAUAGCAACGUUCCAGAUCGCCGUCAAUCUGAGCAUGGAACGYUAUGCCCUGAUGUUUGGAUUCAACAACUUCAUUGCCCUGCUGAUUCAGACCAUUCUCACAAUUGUUGUUGUAGAUUCAAGGGGCCUGGGAUUGGACAUAGUGACUCAGUUUUUAAUUUAUGGCAGCUACUUCGCAGUCAUACAUGGGAUUUUCAUGAUCAGAAGCAUUUGUGUGCUGSUCUCACACAAAUGCCAAAGGAAAACAGCGAGAUGUUGCACAGAGCAGCUGAACCAGGCUGAGCACGAGGCAAGAGAGCAGAUUGUCACAAGCUUCACGACACGGCUGUAGGAGGCAGGGCAGCAGGCUCCUUGGCCAGGCCCUCCUGGGAAAAGGGCUCCCAGCAGGGAAGAAGAGCAGCAUGCAGGGAACAGCAGUGCAAGAAGAACGUUCAGCUCAGUGCUGAAUCAUUCCAGCACUUCAGCACAACAUAUGCCAGC